CUUGUCAUGGACUGGAAGUUAGGAGCAACACCUUCGUCCAACAUGAUUUUAUAAAUGUUUUUUAAUGAAAUUAUGACACUAAUCCGAGUUUUUGUACAGAUAGUGUAUUUAGCAGACUGUCAUCUGGCUCUGGUGAUUCUGUCACUUGUUUGAAAAUCCUGUACAAGCUACAUUAGCUAGUUAGCUUCAAGAAGCUAAUGUAAACUGAAGCUACGUAACGUUAGCCAGCUUACAUCACCUUUUUAUCAGUGUUUAGUGUUGUAAUGGAUGAAGAUUUACUGCUCGCUAUUCAGCUACAGGAGCAGUUUAAUAAUGAAUACGAGACAUCACUUUUAUCAAACGGCUUUGAGGAUAAUGGCUUUCAACAAAGCAGCAAGAAAAGGAAAGUGGAAGUAGCUGGAGGUGGCAGUGAUGUUGUCCCCUACUGGAAGCCGACUGCCCGGCCCGAGAGGCCGUUGUCCAUCGUGGACGAGUCCUGGGAGACCCUGGAUCCCAACCCUGAUGUCAGGGCGAUGUUUCUGGAGUUCAAUGACACGUUCUUCUGGGGGAAACUCAGCGGUGUGGAGGUUAGGUGGAGCCCAAGAAUGACACUGUGUGCAGGUGUGUGUUCCUACGAGGGCCGAGGUGGACUGUGUUCAAUCAGACUUAGUGAGCCUCUGCUGAAGCUCAGACCAAGAAAAGACCUGGUGGAGACUCUUCUUCAUGAAAUGAUCCACGCCCUGCUGUUUGUGACCCAGAACAACAGAGACCGAGACGGUCAUGGUCCUGAGUUCUGCAAACACAUGAACCGGAUCAACAAUGCUACUGGGACGAAAAUUUCUAUCUACCACAGUUUCCACGAUGAGGUUGAUGUGUACCGGCAGCACUGGUGGAAAUGCAAUGGGCCCUGCCAGAACCGCAGGCCCUACUUCGGCUUCGUUAAGAGGGCCAUGAACCGGGCUCCAUCUGCUCUGGAUCCUUGGUGGGAGGAUCACAGGAGGACAUGCGGAGGGACCUACACCAAGGUCAAGGAGCCUGAAGGAUAUGGCAAAAAAGGCAAGAAGGACAGUAAAAAGGAUGGGAAGACCUCAGAGAAGAAGACCUCAGAAAAUGGAAAGCCUUCAAGUACAACUCCAGGUUCUGGAUUACAGGAUAUCAGGAACAUUAUCCCAUUCAGUGGCAAAGGCUUCCUACUCGGAGGGAAGUCACAGCCCUCCACGUCGUCUUUCCCAUCUCUCACACCUGUAGUGCCUUCCUCUCCAAAGAAAUUCUUCACCCCUUCAUCUCCAGCUAAAAGUCUCAAUUCUCCUGUUCGACCCGAUUUGGAUAACACAGGAAUCUCUAGCUCCUUUCCCUCCAUCAGACCAGGUACCUCCGCAGGGCAGAAACCACCUAUAAAGAGGUCUGUCGGUAACACAAGAGCUUUUGUCAACAUCAACGGCUCGCCAGUGAGAAUCUCUAAACCCCGCAGCAGCAGCAGCCAAGAAGCAGAUAAAAUCAAACAGAAGUCAAUUGAAGAACUCUUCAAAAGUUCAAGUCAGUCUUCCACCUCAAACAUAGAAACUAAAAGAGAUUCACUGACAUCACACAACAGUGCAGGCACUGCUACCUCUGCGUCUUCCAUCUUUUCUAAACAACAAACUACCCAUUCAGCUUCCUCUCCCGGAACAUCUAAGCCCAGUCCCAUUAAACCUAGCCAUUCUGUAGUUUCACCAAAAACCAAAGGCAGCCCUGCUAAACCAACACAGUCCAAGUAUUUCAAUCAUUCCAGUAGUGACAGUACAUCAGGAGCUGCCGGUGCCGCUCAGGCAUCAAGGAAAAGGCCGUGGGACGACAGCAGAAGCUCCUCCAGCAUCUUCGACUUCUUCCAGAAGACAUUAGGCAGCAGUUCAGCAGCACCGAGGGAAUUGGUUAAGACAAAAACACCUGCAAUGCAGCAAAAGACUGCCACUGCCACCACCACCUCCUCUGCAUCCGCCUCUACUUCCUCCCUUCAUCCCUCUGCAGGGAUGCAGAGUUUUACCCCAUCUACUUCCUCGUCUUCCUCUUCUGCACUGAUGGUCAGCUGUCCUGUGUGCCAAGCAAAGGUGCAGGAGUCAAAGAUCAACCAGCAUCUCGACUCCUGCCUUUCUUAACCGAGAAGGAGCAGAUGAACAGUGAACAAGACGAUGCAAUAAAACCAUUUUUAAAGGAAUACCUCACCCACAAAAUGACAAGUUGUAUGUCGGUUUAUUCACCCCAGGUUAUGUUGUAAAGAAAAGUUUUUUCUCACGUGCCUUGACGAUGAACGAGAAUCCAAAAAACAGCGGACAGUCUUGAUGAACUGAAGUAAAGGGGAACUGGGUUUAACAACAGCAAAACUAUAUCAAAAUAUCUCUUUGAAAAGUAUCACACAAGUAUCAACAAUUUAAAACACUUUCGCAUUGCUGUGGCACACAUGGGUAACUCAGAAUGCAUGUUUUGGAAAUUCGACUGGAUAAAGGAGACUUGGAUUAUACUGCAUGAGAUGUUUUGAUGUAGUUUUGCUGUUGUUAAUUGUGGUCACCAUUUAAUCAAAAAUUCAGGCUUCGGGCCCUGACACACUCAGCUGACGCCUCGUCGUCACUGAGCAUCUGUCAACCUAGAUUUUGCUGUGUGUCAUGUUAGCACUAGUUGGCCCUUGUCAGCUGAUUCGGCAUGUUGAAUUGCCGUUAGAGCCGGCAAAGCCCAUCGGCAAAUUAAAUCACAUUUUGAUUGGCAGUUCAGCUCAAAAAAUGAAAGUGAGGAAAGUAAACAAAGAGCUAAAGUCCAGAUGGAGUGAGACAAAACCCAAGUUGUUACAUGAGGUCAGAUUAUUUUUCUUUUUCCACUGAGCUAACCUAACCCUAACAUCAGGUUGUGUUGGUUAUGUGCUAACUGGCUAACUAGCAUCUUGAAUCCGUCCUCUCUGUCUUCCGAUUAUAUUUUGAUCAGUAUAAUCAAAAAUGUUUGCCUUUUUGUGGAUUCUACGUUCACCGUGGAGGCAUGAAAGAAGAGUUUUCAUCACAAAUUGAUGUACAAACAAGCAAUUUAUGGGUAAACUACUCCUUUAAAAUGUCUAGAAAAGUUUCAGGGAGUUUGCUGUGUUGACUUUUAGUGAUUUCAUCUGAACUAAAUCUGCUUUUGCGUUUCUCAACAAAGAGAUUUGAAAAUAAGGUUAGACUCUGUUUUUAUAGUAGGAGUGGAUUGUUUUCUCUGUGGUUACCUCACUGUGAUAAUGACAGCUCUUCUCUUACAAGUGCCUGUCUGACACUUUGUGCCUUCAGGGCGGGGCCUAACAGAUGAUGUAAGUUAUUUGACUUUUACUUGAAUUGAUAAUGUUUUUCUUAUUAGGUAGGAAAAACAAAAUGUCAGUAAAUUCCCUCUGGUGGCGAGCACCAGAAACUGAAGCAUUUUUGUUUUGAAUAUUUUAAGGAUGGUAUUUAUAUGUUACUUUCUAUCAUACUGAUCAGUUCUGUGAAAAUAUCUCCACUUGUUUCACUGUAAGGCUUCCCGCAACUUGCAUGUCUGUGAUCACAGCUAUAAUAUCAGUCUUGCAGUGAAGCAAUUGAUGAGAGCUGACAGUAUGAUUUUGGUUUGAAUCCUGAAGCUGCUGUGUUGUGUGUAGAAGGUCAUUCUUGCCUCCUCUGGGGGCGGAUGUGUUGGCUCGUUCCUAGAGUCUUAUGUAUCCAACUCACAUCUGCAUCUGCUGCCCUUCAGACAGCAGGAGACACUGGCUGACCUCUGCUGAUCUGUGGGAAUCACAUUUCAAGCUCGUCAGCUAUUUAUUUCUGCUCAUCUUUACAUUUACACCGCACCCGUCUGCAGGGUCAGGCAGUGCACAGAUAUGAUUGUGCCUACGGAGUAGUAUAAAAACUGAUGAUUUUGUUGACAUUUUUGUAUUUUUAAGGGUGCUUAGAGUUAAAAAUCCAAAUUUCACUGCUACAAGAUGAGAAUUUUAUCUCUGUAUGUUCCACUUUUGUAUGUUAUGUUCGUUGAUUAGGAUAAAUAUGUUGGAUUUUGUUGCCAAAUAAAACAUUUUACUGUUCUAUUAUCUGAA